CACUCCAUUUCUUUCCCUAAGCUGCUCUGUAAAUGGGUAUUUGUCUCAUACUGUGGCUAAAGUUCACAGAUUGCGUGAGGAGGUAAGGCGGCGUAGAGCAGCAGCGAUGGAACAGAAAAGCAGCUUGAAGAGUGUAAUCAGGCCCUACAAGCCCACAGAUAAGUCUGCUGUUGUCUCUCUCUUCCGGUUUGGGAUUCUGGAGCACGUCUACCCAGCAUUCUUCAAAGCCAUGAGUCAUCCGGACCACAUUGGCAUGACCCUCAGCAUCUCCAUUGCCGGAUAUGUGCUCGGAGGAUGCUCAUACUUCCAGGCCGUGCUCUUCGGAGGAGCCUGGUCUUGUUUGGUUUACUAUUGCUGCCACGAGAUUUAUGAUGCCUACCUCAGGAGGAAGCUAGAGGCGGAAAUGGCUGAUAUUCAGGCCAACUUCAUGGAUAGCCAGGCGAAUGGUUUCUGGGUGGUGGAGAUGGAGGUGAACGGGAAGUCAAAGGUGGCCGGGCUGCUGGCUGCAGUAAAGAGUGACGGAUGGGACACAGAUGCGGGCAAUGCACCAUCUCUAGAGGUGUUUCAGUUGGUCGUGUCCUUCAGCCAGAGACGUAAAGGUUUGGGAACCCAGCUGGUCGAAACGGCCGUGGAGUUUUGUAAGGAGCAGGGACUUUCUCGAGUUAUCGUAGAGAUCAGCUCCCCACAAACCACAGCCAUUUCGCUUUUCCGCAAACUUGGCUUUAUUGUAACGUCCGUAAACAGCAACACACACGCUAACCAUUUGGUAUCAAAACUGGCCCGGAUCAAAGUGAUACAAAUGGAAAAGCAUCUUUAAAAUGCUAUGUUGAAGCCUUGCAAAAAUUGUUUAGAUUUUUAUCCCAUAUUCACCCAUUUGAACAUCCCUCAUCGAACAAGACUAUAUUCUCACUCCAAAGUCAAUCAAACAGCAAUGGCAGUUUAAAUUAAAUAUUGUUUGUUUGCUUUUUUGGCUUGGUUUCUUUGUUAUAUGGAAUCUAAACA